CAGACUAUAAAAUGGCAUUUAAACAAAAAUUAUUUAUUACUUUGUAUAGAGAGCCACUAUGGAAGACUCUGUUGAAGAUAUGUUGAUGAAACUAGAUGAAUUUAUCAGUUCUGUAAAUAUGAUACGUGAUGACUCUUCAUUGUGUCUGAAUAGCACCAUACCGAAUAUUCAUGCAAAGAGUGUAGAAAUGAGGAGAAUAUUUAACAAAAUUGACCAGUUAGAGGUGUUUGUUACUAGAGUAAAGCAAGACGUGACAUUACUAGAAGAUCAAGUGAAUACAGCAGAGACUGAAUUAGAAUUGGGAUCCCUUAGCUCAAUCAAGAAGGCAUUUAGUUCACUUCCAUUACCAUUUACUGUAAGUACAUAAGUGUUAAAAUAACUCAUGCAUAAAUUA